UUGACGGUCUGACAUUCAUCACGUGCUUCACGCUAAGUAAACAAUGAAACAUAGAAUGGGAGAUAGUAGAUACCAGUAAGUGAUAAGUUGACCGGGAAUCGUUAGUGCCUAACUCAAUAUGAUUCCAUAUCAAGUAGUAACAGGUACAACUGUGCUAGUAGGAGUAGCAACAGCGGUUGCGUUAGUAUAUCUCUAUCAAAAGAAAAAGAAAGAAAUUAUUCCUUGGUCCUGGGAAGAAGUUGGCACUCUGAAGCAGUUAUAUUUAUAUCCUUUGAAAAGUGGACAUCGUGUGGAAUUGAUAAAAGCCGAGUGUACAGAAUUUGGUCUGAAGCAGACAGAAGAUGAUGAAAAAUUAUUACAGAUGAGAGACAGAGGUUUGGUUGUCUACACAGAAAAAGAUAAAGAAUUCCGUUCGGCACGAACUUAUCCGAAAAUGGUGCUCAUCGACGUUGGGGUCCAUGAUGAAAACCAUUUGGCUGUAGAUGCCGCCACUAUGAGAACUUUGUAUGUCGAAAUACCCACCAAAAACGAAUCAAAUGAAAUCACGAUCACGCUCCACAAAGGAGAAAAACUGCAAGCUAUCGAUUGUGGAGAUGAAGCAGCUCUGUGGUUUUCGAGAUAUAUUCUGGAGAAAGACACAGGAUUACGUCUUGGUUACCACGAUGGCAGUUACCGAAGGGACCUAACGAAAACCCACAAAACAUUACUUGAUUUUUAUAAGAACCUCACAAAUGACUCUACUGGGCUGUAUUCUGACUUGACAAGUACGAACUUGAUAAACCAAGCCUCGGUCAACGACUUGAAUACAAAACUCACCAAUUCGAAUGUUACUGUAAAUAAUUUCCGACCAAAUUUCGUAGUUGACGGCCCUUCCAUCCAGCCUUACGAAGAAGAGACGUGGCAAUGGGUGAAAAUUGGAGAUGUUGUUCUGAGAAACGUCAAGGAGUGUACCAGAUGUAUCAUGACAACCAUUGAUCCAGACAGCGGUGCCAAAAAUUCUGAAAGGGAGCCUCUAGAAACUUUGGAAACAUACCACAUAAGCAAUGGACCAUUUCCCUUACCGGUAAUGGGUAUAGGACUGGAAGUUAGAAAAACUGGAUUCGUUUCCGUUGGAGAUAAAGUGUUGGUGUCAAAAUGAUGUAAAUGAAUCAUUAAGUUGAUAGUCUAAGUUAGAAAAACAAUCGAAUGUCCUGGAACAGAUCUAAGGCUCAGAAACAAAAUCGAUCAUUUGAACAAGAGUGGCAUAUUCCUAUUAAUUUCCAUUGAAAUUAUUCAAAUUAAGGAAUAUCGUAAUUAUAUAUUAUUGUUAUAUAUUUAAGCAGUCAAUUGACAUAAAAAAUGUAAUUUAAAAUAAAUAAUUUAGUCAAAGUUACGUAAUAGUUAGAUUUUCCAAUGUGUUGACUUAUCCUC